AUGGUCUCUUCACGCUUAGUCGCGAUGGCGAUGACGUUAUUGGUGCUUGCGAGCUGCGACGCCGCGCUGCCGUCGCUCAAGCUCGUGUUCGACGUCCAUCGCCCCAGUAUGGCGGUGCGUGGAGCCUCCGCCUUCGACAUCUUUGUCACGCCCGUCGUGAGCGGGGACAGUGUUCAAUUCAACGGGAAGCUGUCGGUCAAGCAGGACGGCGCCACGCACAACUUCCUCCUCGUCGACAGCGUGCCGUACCACGAAGUCAUCGACGGUUCAGCCAGCAUCACCACCUGCCAGUCCACAGAGUUCAUUCCAGGCGUGUCCGACGUGGUUAACGCCAUCGCUUCAGCUACUGCGGUCGCCAGUGUCUCGACGAACCAAGCGAUCUCCUGCACCGACGGAACGUGGCUGAGCACGACAUUGGACGGCGAGUCUUACGUGGUGUGCUCCAAGCCCGACGAUGUCAACUUUACAGUGUACGGCGCGGACUUGAGCGUCUCGCUCGAGUAUUUGACCGAGAAUGUGGAAGUGAACAAGCCGUUGAACUCUCCAAGCGACUGUGCCGCUGUGAAGGACGGAUCGGUGGCAUUAUCGGCUCUGGAAAAGAUUUAUGGUAAGGCUCUCUCCGGCUCACAGCGCAGACUCAAGGAGGAGGUUAAGACAGCGUCCCUCUCGAGUGCCAAGUGCUCGUGCCAAAGCAAACCUCGUCCGUGCCUUUUCUUCCACGGUAUGGACGUCGAGAAGGACGGCGGGAUCAUCGAUGACUACCCGUUCUUUGGGAAGAUCAAGCAGCACGCGCCGUGCUGUUCGUCCUUCAGCUUCGCGAUCCUCAACACGGUCGACUACGAGUGGUACAACGAGACGCUAUUGGAGAAGGCUUGCAACGCCGCUUUGAACGUCAGUACCGGGUCCACGGACAGCGAAUCCACAGUGAUCAAUAACCUUAUCGUUGUCGCACACUCCAUGGGCAACAACAUGUUCGCGAGCGCGCUCGCGAGUGGCAUGUGCUCCAUUGGGAGGAAUGUGGACUGGGUCGAUCUGAGUGGGCCUAUGAAGGGCAGUAUGGGCUCGGAUUUCAUCCACGACAUCUGCGACGGCGGCGAGGACGGAUCUCCAGACAUUUUGUCCAAGUUUGGAGGACUGAUCGGCCAAUGCCCCGGCAGCACGACUCGGCGGUCUCUUGUGUAUUAUGGAGGGGAGUAUUGCGAUAAGAAGAUGUCGGCUCGGUACGCGGCGGCACUGAAAAUACACAAGAAGUACGUGACUGCGAGUAUGUGCGGCACGACGUACAACGGACUCUUCUCGAAAGAGUACGCGGGUUUGGUGGCCGGAGGCUUGAUCAUCCCUCACCGUUCGUCUAAGAACGACGGAGUGGUGGAGUUUAAGAGCUGCGUUGGCAACUUGGACGCCUCGUUGUUUGAACCCACGUAUUCAAGCACUUGGUACGCUGCAAAGUUGAACCAUGCUGACACGACAUUCCACGACGGCGAAGGGCUCUUUAAUGAUGAAACUCAAUAG